AUGAGCACAAGUGAGCCACCUUCAAUUGAUAGCCUCUUCGAGCUGACUAUCGAAAACCAAAAUGCCAUCCAGGGCAAGAUGGAUUCCAUGCGAGAGGACAUUCGCAAGGAGAUCAAGAAAGAGCUGAAGAUGAAAAAUGGCUUCGAAAAUCUGCGAAAAGCGCUAUCCGAAAAAGGAGAGACGAAAAGAAUCGAUGGCGAGAUUCGCAAAAGCACCCAAAUCAUUCAAGAUCUUCAAGAAGAGCUUCAAAUGCUCGAGACACACUUUAUAGCCCAGACGACUAAAGCAGUGCGGACCGUUGCUACUCCAUCCGGUUCUUCAAGCGUGAAUCCCCAAGAAGAAAAAAUUAGAGGACUAGACAAACAGCUUAAAAUUGAGAUGAAAGUCAAGGCCGGCGCUGAAAAUAUGAUCGAGACGAUUCAGAAGGACAAGAACUCUCGCCAGAACUCUCAAAUGCUCGCAACAGCCAUGCAAAUGCUGGAAGACUCGCGGCGAAAGAUCGAGCGGAUUCAACUAGAAGUGUUGCGAGCAAAGAGAGAAGCCACAGUUUCGAAACAUGGAAAGAGCCACGAGCUCGAGGCCCGGAACCGAAUCGACAAUCUCCUUCAUCACUACAGAGUAGAGUUCGCCAUGUUUUCCGGUUCAAAGCAGGCGAUAGAGUUGCUGAAGCGAACCAAAAGUGACGAAGCCUGGAAACAAGCUGAACGUGAGCUCAUUCAGUCUGGUCAAAAAAUUGGUCUCCUAAGACUCGCACUUGAUCAAAUCAGGGAAAAAUACACUCAAUGGGACGCCGAAAUCCAGCAAGAGAUACACCAAGACAGACUUACUACGCCAAGAACGUUCCUUGAAAAGCCCAAUGCCAUAGUUGGCCACUUAGAGGUGCGCAUUGUCGGAGUUCAAGGCCUCCUCGAGCAUGUUCCAGAUCGUACCGCUGCGGACCCGCCGCCGCUUCCCCAGUCAAAAGACAAAAACAAAAAAGACAAAAAACGAGACCCGAGAAAACCAUCUAACGAAGUUUGUGCCGUACUGAGAUUAGAUAAUGCAGAAGUCGGAAACACGGGCUGGAAAGUUGCCUCUCAGCAAUGCUGGGAUGUGCGCUUUUCCAUACCUCUCGAAAGGAGUCGAGAGCUCGAAAUUUCGGUUUAUUGGCGAGACUAUCGUGCGAUGGCUGCUGUAAAGUUCUUGCGACUAGAAGAUUAUAUCGAUCAACAGCAACACGGAAUCACAUUAGAGCUGGAGCCGAAGGGAAUCCUCUUCACCGAGAUUAGAUUUGCCAACCAUCAUGUCGAGCGCAAAGCUAAAUUACAAAGGCAGAAGAAAAUAUUCCGACAGAAAGGGCCAACUGCCGGUGAAAUGAAUAUGAAUGUAGCUGCCUGGAGUCGGCUGAUGAAACGAGUUGAAGUUCCCGCUAGUGAUAGCCCGACUUCACCGAAGAAACAUUUUCGCGCAGAACAACAGCCCCCCGAGUCGCCCCCUGUGGCCCCUAUCACUGCGACUUCUGCGAACUCGCAUAAAAGUGUUGCGAUGGAGGAUAACGCGGAUGCUCUAAAAUCUCAGUCGAAAGAUAGCCUUUCCGAUGAGCUCCAAAAAAAGCUUGAUAAAAUUGGCGAUAAAGUCCCAUCGAGUUCAAAACAGCUUGCAUCAAAUGCAGCGCUCAUGGCUGAGAUGGCGAAACAUCAGCAAUCUCAGCGCAAGCAGGAAUCCCAGAACGGACGUCCUCGCUCAGCGGAGAAAGCGCAUCGCGAUUCUUAUCGACGUGCUCUUGAUCCUUCAGUUGAACAAAAAAUGUCGCAAGUGUCAAUUUCUAAGUCUCAAGCACCGCAGCCCGUGCCGCGUCAACAUCACUCGUCUCAUCAGCAACCAUCUCAUCAUUCAACGAACAACGCUCCUAUGCACCCAUCACAAUACUAUCACCAUUCGAUUCCGCCUCAGCAUCCAUCACAAGUCAACGUUCCAAAUGUAUCCUGGCAUGCACCAGGCAAAGUGCCGCCCAAACCGUCCAAAAACACACCUAAGCACGCUGUGCCUCCGAGUUUCCAAGUCCAAGAAAAUAUGUAUAGUCAACAAAUGCACUCCAAGAAGCACCAACAACCGCAACCAACUCCAAGACAACUUUCAACACGAAGCCUUAAAAGACCUACAAUUCCAGAUGAGAAUAUAUCGAUCAACGAUUUUAAAUGUCACGCAGUUCUUGGGAGAGGCCACUUCGGCAAAGUCAUGCUCGCUCAGCAUAAACAAUCUGGCAGUUUCUUUGCGAUUAAAGCAUUGAAGAAGCAGGAUGUUAUCCAUCGCCAAGAAUUCGACUCAAUCCUCUGCGAGCGAAGAAUAUUCGAAUGCGCCAACAGAGGCAACCAUCCAUUCCUGAUAAAGCUUUUCGCUUGUUUCCAAACCCCUGAACACGUCUGUUUUGUCAUGGAAUAUGCCUGCGGAGGAGAUUUGAUGAUGCACAUCCACCAGGACAUCUUUACCGAGCCGCGAUCUAUGUUCUACUCUGGAUGUGUUACGCUAGGGCUGAAGUUUCUUCACGACCACGAUAUUGUUUACCGUGAUCUCAAAUUAGAUAAUUUACUUCUUGAUCGAGAUGGCUACUGCAUGAUUGCUGAUUUCGGUCUCUGCAAAGAGAAUAUGGGAUAUGGACAGAAAACUGGAACUUUCUGUGGUACUCCAGAGUUUUUGGCUCCAGAGGUCCUAACAGAUCCUGAAUAUACACGCGCAGUAGAUUGGUGGGGUCUAGGAGUCUUAAUCUACGAAAUGUUGGUCGGCGAAAGUCCGUUCCCUGGUGACACCGAAGAGGAAGUCUUCGAUUCAAUUGUCAAUGAAGAAGUCAGAUAUCCGAGAAUGCUUUCCGUCGAGGCAAUCUCAUUAAUGAGACGCUUGCUCCGAAGAAACCCAGAUAGACGCCUGGGAGCAUCAGAAAAUGAUGCAGAAGAUGUCAUGCGGCACCAGUUUUUCCGAAAACUAGAUUGGGAAAGUCUACUAAUGAAGAAAAUCCAGCCCCCUUUUCGACCGGAAGUAGCAGCUCCCAAUGAUACAAGAAACUUCGACGAGGAGUUUACUUCAGAGGAUCCUACAUUGACGCCCCCAAGAGAACGAAGAGCGCCGCUGACACAAGCUCAGCAAGAUCGAUUCCGUCAGUUCAAUUAUAUUGCGCACCGUUGCAACUUUUGCACAGCCAGCGCAAGAGCUGUCGAGAGUCUCCCUUCUUCUCUUCCUUUCCUCAAAUACAACAAAGUUCAUUCCACCGCCAUUCAAAAUGAAAAACAAUGA